AUGACAACCACAACCACAACAUAUCCAUGGUGGAAAGACUCCACAAUUUAUCAAAUAUGGCCAGCUUCAUUCAGAGAUUCCAAUGGUGAUGGGUUUGGUGAUAUUCCAGGUAUUAUUAAAAGUUUAGAUCAUAUCAAAUCCUUAGGGGUUUCAGUUGUUUGGUUAUCACCUCAUUAUGAUUCUCCACAAGAUGAUAUGGGUUAUGAUAUUUCAAAUUAUGAAGCCAUUUAUGAAAAAUAUGGUACAAUGGAUGAUAUGAAUCAAUUGAUUGAUGAAAUUCAUAAAAGAGAUAUGAAACUGAUUUUAGAUUUAGUUGUUAAUCAUACUUCAUCUGAACAUUCAUGGUUUAAAGAAUCAAAAUCAUCAUUAGAUAACCCCAAGAGAGAUUGGUACAUUUGGAGGAAACCACGUUAUGAUUCUAAUGGGAAUAGACAACCACCAACAAAUUGGUUAUCAUAUUUUUCAGGUUCAACAUGGAAUUAUGAUGAAAAAACAGAUGAAUAUUAUUUAUGUUUCUUUGCAAAGACUCAACCUGAUUUAAAUUGGGAAAAUGAAGAAACAAGAAAUGCUAUAUAUAAAUCAGCUUUAGAAUUUUGGUUUAAAAAGGGUAUUGAUGGAUUUAGAAUUGAUACUGCUGGUAAAUAUUCUAAAAUUUAUGGUAAAGAUGGUAAAACAUUUGAAGAUGCACCAAUUGUUUAUCCUGAUCAAUAUUAUCAACCAUCAAGUCAAUUUACAAAUAAUGGACCACGUAUUCAUGAAUUCCAUAAAGAAAUGUUUAGUGAAAUCACUUCAAAGUAUGAUGCCUUAACAGUGGGUGAAGUUGGUAAUUGUUCAAAACAAGAAGCAAUAGAAUAUGUCUCAGCUGCCGAAAAGGAAAUGAAUAUGUUGUUCUUAUUUGAUGUUGUUCAUCUUGGUUCAAAUAGAGAAGAUAGAUUCAAAUAUAAAGGAUUCACAUUAAAAGAUUUCAAAAAUGCCGUUGCAUCUCAAAGUGAUUUUAUUAAAGGCACAGAUGCUUGGUCAACAGUCUUUAUCGAAAAUCAUGAUCAACCUCGUGCUGUUACAAGAUUUGGUAACACCUCAAAUAGUCAAUUGUGGUCUAAAUCAGCUAAAUUGUUAGCAUUAUUACAAACUACUUUAACUGGUACUUUAUACAUCUAUCAAGGUCAAGAAAUUGGUAUGACCAAUUUACCAAGAUCAUGGGAUAUUGAAGAAUACAAAGAUAUCAAUACUAUUAAUUAUUGGGCUGAACAUAAGAAACUCAAUCCAAAUGAUCCAGAAGCUGAUGAAAACUUAUUAGAUGUUAUUAACUUAGUCGCUAGAGAUCAUGCAAGAUCUCCAGUUCAAUGGGAUGAUUCUAUUAAUGGUGGGUUUUCAACUGGUACACCAUGGACCCGUGUUAAUGAUAACUAUAAAGACAUAAAUGUUAAAGCACAAACAGGUGAUCCAAAUUCAGUGUUUUCUUUUUAUCAAAAUGCUAUUAAAGUUAGACAAUUAUAUAAAAAUUUAUUCAUUCAUGGUGAUUUUGAAAUCUUGGAUUAUGAAAUUGAUAAAUUAUUCACUUAUAUCAAAUCUUCAGAUGAUCAAAGAGCUUAUAUUGUUUUAAAUUUUUCUGAUAAAGAGGUCCCAUUUAAACAGUUGGUUGAUGGUAAUUUGAAAUUGAUCAAUUCUAAUGUUAAAGAUGUCAAGGAAGAUACUUUAACUCCUUAUGAAGGUAGAGUUUACUUGAUUGAUUGA